UAGCUGGCCCAUUCACUGUGAACCUUCUUCUUCAACUCUUUUCAACUGUUUCUCAACUAACAGUUCAACAAAUACGUUGCCAAGUUUUAAUCUCUUUAAUUAAUCACAUCUUAGCUCAUUAAUUCUUAUUUAAUUCCUUCUCUAUAACUCCCCAUAAUCACACAUAUAUAAACUAAAAUCAUACCUCAAAAUCCUUCAGAUUAAUCAAAUUUUCUAAAAACAAUGCCGGGUAUAGUUUCAGUCAAAACUCCACCAUUAAGAAUCUCAGUUCCCGAUGAGACAAAUGAUCGGGUCGGGUCAACUUCGGACAGGUCCGAACCCGUUAACCCGAAAUCCAACUCGCCUGCGCCACGUAGACCACCUUCACCGUCACCAUCAACUUCGCGCGCUAAGCCAUCACCAGAUCGGAGCUCAGGUAAGAAGAAAUCACCACCACAGUUAGCGCGUGUGAUCGACGAAUCAUCUCUAGACAAUCCCGAUCUAGGUCCGUUCUUACUAAAACUCGCGCGUGAUACAAUCGCUUCCGGUGAAGGACCGAAUAAAGCCCUUGACUACGCUAUACGCGCUGCGAAAUCAUUCGAAAAAUGUGCGAGUGAGGAUCACGCGCCGAGUUUAGAUCUAGCUAUGAGUUUGCAUGUUGUUGCAGCUAUUUAUUGCAGUUUAGCGAGAUUUGAAGAAGCGAUUCCGGUUUUGGAAAGAGCGAUUAAAGUACCGGAUGUUACGAAAGGUGCAGAUCACGCGCUUGCGGCGUUUUCAGGUUAUAUGCAACUUGGUGAUACACAUUCUAUGCUUGGACAAUUGGAUCGAUCAAUUGAAUGUUAUAAAGAUGGUUUGAAAAUACAGAUUGAAGCUUUAGGUGAUACAGAUCCGAGAGUUGCUGAGACUUGCAGGUACUUGGCCGAAGCCCAUGUUCAGGCAAUGCAAUUUGAUGAAGCGGAGAAUUUGUGCAAGAAGACACUGGAAAUCCAUCGUGUCCACAGUCCACCAGCUUCUCUUGAAGAGGCAGCUGAUCGUCGUUUAAUGGCUCUCAUAUGCGAGGCUAAAGGUGAUUAUGAGGCAGCCCUGGAACACCUUGUACUUGCAAGCAUGGCUAUGAUCGCUAAUACACAGGAAAACGAGGUUGCAGCUAUUGAUGUUAGUAUUGGGAACAUUUACUUGUCUCUGUCCCGUUUUGAUGAGGCUGUCUUCUCCUAUCAAAAGGCCCUUACAGUUUUCAAAUCAUCUAAGGGUGACAACCAUCCUUCAGUUGCAUCUGUCUUUGUAAGGCUGGCUGACCUAUACUAUAAGACAGGAAAACUGAGGGAAUCCAGAUCCUAUUGUGAAAAUGCCCUGAGAAUAUAUGCAAAACCUGUGCCUGGAACGACUGCAGAAGAGAUUGCUUGUGGAUUGACAGAAAUUUCAUCUAUUUAUGAGUUAUUUAAUGAACCUGAGGAGGCACUGAAACUCCUACUCAAGGCAAUGAAACUUUUGGACGAUAAACCAGGUCAGCAAAGUACAAUUGCUGGCAUUGAAGCACGGAUGGGUGUUAUGUUUUAUAUGGUCGGAAGAUAUGAAGAGGCACACAGCUCCUUUGAAAAUGCUGUAGCAAAACUUAGGGCUGGCGGUGAGAGGAAGUCAGCCUUCUUUGGGGUUGUUUUGAAUCAGAUGGGAUUGUCUUCUGUUCAGUUGUUCAAAAUAGAUGAGGCUGCUGAAUUAUUUGAAGAAGCAAGACAAAUUCUGGAACAGGAGUGCGGUCCUUGUCACCAAGAUACCCUUGGUGUCUAUAGCAAUCUUGCAGCAACUUAUGAUGCAUUGGGAAGAGUUGAAGAUGCCAUUGAGAUUCUGGAGUAUGUUCUUAAAUUGCGAGAAGAGAAACUUGGAACUGCAAAUUCUGAUUUCGAUGAUGAGAAGAAAAGGCUGGCCGAACUGUUGAAAGAAGCAGGCAAAUCUCGCAACAAAAAGGCAAAGUCACUGGAGAACCUUAUUGAUCCCAAUGCUAAAACGACAAAGAAGGAAACCUCGAGGAAGUGGUCUGCCUUUGGGUUUAGAAGUUGAUUGUAAAUUUGGGAUGCAUUUUAUGUAACAUAGGAAAUCAUGUAUAGAGCUAAUCUAAAAUUUGUGUGGCAUGUUGUUUGUUGUCCAUUGAAUUGCCAUUGUUGUUCAUUUACGUUAUUGUUCUAUUGGUUAUUGGUUUGUGAUUUUAAAGAUGUUUCGUCCAAGAA